AUGGAAAAUGACCAGUCUUACUCUCUUACUAAAAAGAUAGUUGAUGGCCUAGAGAAUGACUUAGAGUCGCUGUUUAGCCUUUUGAAGAAAUGUGUAAAGGAAAAAUUGAGUAUUCCUUCUGAAAUACUUGUUAAUAUAAUAGAAAGCAAAAAAGCACUUACUCCUUCUAAAGCCCUUUGCAUGCGCCUGCUACGGAGUAACUUAGAGUCUGAAGAAGAAAAAAGAAGCAUUUCAUAUUUAAUCAGCAGCAUUAGAUUUAUGUUCAGAGUCUCAGAAAUGAUAAAAAUAGACGCAGAGGCAGCAAGUGACUCAGAUGACAGGAAAAUGCCUGAGCAUACAUUAGAAAUUCUUGAGUCAUUGGCUGGGAUUAUGGAAAGCAUUCCUUUAGAGAGGAAGGAGGCAGUUGUUGAUGCAAUGGAGAGGUGUGGCAUUUUCAUACUAAUUAAUCUUUGGUGUGGCCCAAGUCUGCUUAAGUUCUAUUCUAGUAUAUUUAGUAAGAUAGAAAGUGAAAGCAGCAUAUCUGAGAAAGUAGAAAAAAAGGAAAAAAGAAAGACAGAUAGUACGCCUUACAGAAUUGCAGUAGAAGAGUCCAUCUACAACAAAACAACUAUUCUUGUGCACAGAAGAGAUCCUGCAUAUUUUAUGCCAAAGUAUUUUUGUGCCUUCCCAGAAUCAACCACGGAUGCGUAUAGAAGAGUCUUUUCAUUCCAGGAUGAGUACGAGAUAUUUCACAAGUCCCUUGUGAAUUGGUGUGAAAAUCAGAGCGACUUAAAAGAAAUAGAAUCUGCAACCAUAUGGCAUUUGAAUAAUUUAGUAAAUAACAUAGAAGUGCCUACGUACGAAAAAGAGAUUUUAUUCUGUCUUACUGCUAUGUUUUACUCUGCUAUACAGAACACUGUAGACGAAGCGGAGUCGCAACUUUUUAAGAGCUAUUUAGAGCUAGUUAGAGCAUCAAAACAGUGCGGAAGUGCUGAAAUUAGAGGAACUUCUCUGGUUGCAGCGCAAAGACUUUCUUCAUACACAGCCAAAUAUUUUUUAUCCAGGGCGCUAACUAUUACUAAGGAGACAAAAGAGAAGAAAAAGGCUGAUUUGUGGAGAGAAAGAGUUCUGGCAAUUGAAGGCCUUGCAGUGCUGUGUGAUAUUUUAUCUGAAAGCGAUUUGCUUGGAGUCAAAAAAAUAGUUGAAAAAGAUAGCUCUCGUAUUUUAGAGCUGCUAGAAAUACAGCCCAGGGAUAAUGUGAAUAAGCAUUGCACAUCCGUGAUUCGCGUGCUUUCAAUUCUUGAUAGCAUUCCCAUCAGCCUUUUUUCCCCCUCAAAGCUAUCUCUUGUUAUGUGGGUCGUUGAAAAUGUGAAUAUUCCCGAUAGACAGGUCAGAAGAUGGACAAUGCAGUACACGCAAGAACUGCCGUCUGUGUAUAACCCAAAUGAAGAAAACUUUUUGGGAAGAGCUCUCUAUUUCUAAGCUUUACUCUUCAUAGUCAAACACGAGAUUGUCAUAGUGCAUUAAAAUGUAUAGGAACUGUUUAUUUUUAUAAAUUUCCUGAUGUGAUUUCACUUAUUACUGCUAGUGCGCAUCUAAUAAAUAAAAGUUAAUGGAAGCUAGCCA